UCGGUUUCCGUUGCAAUAAAAACAGAAACUUUCCCUUUCUCUGCCAAACACACCGCAAUUCGUCGCCAAAGAUUUUCCUGUUUUUCAAUUUCCCAAUCAUGAGCAACGAAUACGAUUAUCUGUUCAAGCUUCUGCUCAUCGGCGACUCCUCCGUCGGAAAAUCCUGUUUGCUUCUCAGGUUCGCUGAUGAUUCUUACGUGGAUAGCUACAUCAGUACCAUCGGUGUUGAUUUCAAAAUUAGAACUGUGGAGCUGGAUGGCAAGACAAUCAAGCUGCAAAUUUGGGAUACUGCUGGACAGGAGCGUUUUCGGACUAUUACAAGCAGCUAUUACCGAGGCGCACAUGGGAUAAUAAUUGUUUAUGAUGUUACUGAGAUGGAGAGCUUCAACAAUGUCAAGCAGUGGUUGAAUGAGAUUGAUAGAUAUGCUAAUGACAGUGUAUGCAAGCUUCUAGUUGGGAACAAAUGUGAUUUGGUUGAGAACAAGGUUGUUGACACACAAACAGCAAAGGCAUUCGCUGAUGAACUUGGGAUUCCCUUCCUGGAGACAAGUGCUAAAGAUUCAAUCAAUGUGGAGCAGGCUUUCUUAACAAUGGCUGGCGAGAUCAAGAAAAAAAUGGGUAACCAGCCAACUGCGAACAAGUCAGCAGGAACUGUCGAAAUGAAGGGACAGCCAAUCGAACAGAAGAGCAACUGCUGUGGCUAGUAAUCAAUGUUAUGAUUUAACUCUGUUUUAGACAAGUAAAACAUGUUGCAUAUCAUAUGAAUCUUUCAGGAACUGAAAUGCUGCCUGCUUGAACCCUUCUUUGUGUAAGUGCUAAGUCGAAGUUGUGGUGCUUGUUCAUGCGUA